AUGGAGGAGAUUAUUCAAGAACUGCGGAGGGCGGCAGCGGAGCGUGGAGAAGAGUGGCUGCAGGAGCGGGUACAGCAGCUGCUGCGAGAGGAGGCGGAGGUUCCAGCUGUGCCUCUGCCUGUGGCAUCCCAGCCGCGGCGGGCCAGGCCGCCGGCGCGCCCCAGCCCUGACAUGGCGUCCCCUCAGGCUCAGCACCGGAAACGGAGCCCCACCAGGGACCCUUCACGCCGGGGGACAGCCGACACUGUUCCUCCCUGCACCCCCGGGCGUGGAAGGAAUCCGAAGAUUCGGCGGAGCCCACCUGCAGGCCGUACCAGGUCUGCCCGGCGGUCGACCCGGCGUUUGGACUCCGGACCGGGAACGGCGGCCCCAGCCCAAGGAUCGGUGGCUGGGGGCCCUCUGCAUGAAAAAGAUGGAGGUCUAUACGGGGCUGCUGCGGGGGAGGGGACCGCCUCCCCCGCAGCAGGCGCCUCCCCCGCCUCUGAAGAUGGACGGAUCAGGGGACAUCUGGCUGAAGAAGAUUCAAGGAGGCCGGGACGUCAGGAUUCAGGAUCUGCGGCUGGUGGGGUCACAGCACCCACGCAGCCAGUGGGACCGUUUUCGUCAGCUAGCUCCGGGCGCGUCGGAGGUGGGGGUGGAAUGUCCAGCCUCGCUGUGGAACAUUCUGGAGUCGCAGUAGCGGGUCUUAUUCGAUCAUCUUUGGCACCUGGGAGUGUAAGUGACUAUAUAACAAUGGCAGACACUGAACCUAAGAAGACUAGGAAGAGACACCACCCCUGCCCUGAAUUACCAGCCAAGCGGUGUCAUAUUGACCCUCCACAAUCAUCAUUUCAGAGACGUCAUGUGCCGUACUCCCCGCCCAAUGAGCUCCUAAGGUGUCUCGGGCUCUUUUUACAUCAGAGAUGUCCUAAGCUCAAUCUUUCCGCUACACAGCCUAUAAAAUGGCUAAAAAACAUUGACAUCUAUCUCCUUAUUGCUGGCUACCAACGUGUAAGUUUCCUGAGCUCAGGCAGCGUGGUCUUCCUCUACAUGCUAUGCCGGGACCUCAUCUCCCCAGAGAUGGACAGCAUGGAACAGUUUAAAAUGUCACUCUUCACCUGCUACUACAUCUCCCACAGCUACAUCGGCAAUGAGCUGGGGUACCCACUAAAGCCAUUCUUGGUGGACGGCUCAAAGUUGGCCUUUUGGGAUCAAUGCUUAUCCUAUAUCAGAAUAAUGAGCUCCAAGAUGCUAUGCAUCAAUAACAAUGGCCAGUUUUAUAAGGCGAUGCUGGCUGAACUAAAAGCUGUUGGAAGAUAA